AUGAGGGAGUCUGAAGAGACCGAACAAUAUGCCUUCUUGGGGGCAGCCGCCGAGGAGGAAGAGGCCCAGGCCACGACCACCCAGGCCCCAUCGCCGAAGAAGCGGCGAACAGGCAAGGGACGCCGAAGUCGCGGCUCCUUGCUCGAGGAAGGCCAGGAGAGCGAGGACUCCUUUUUGGACGAGGAGGCGGAGGACGACGAGGAGUGUGCUGAACCCCAGGCCACUGCCUUCAAGGGGCAGCUGAACCGGGCCAUGGCGGAGUACAUCUACGGAAAGACGCCGCCCCUCUCCUACUCGCGGUCCCGGGAGUGGCUGAGGAAGUCGACGAAGCUGAAGCAGACCAGCUGGGACCCCAAGACCAUGGACUGGCCUCUUCCGCAGGACCGACAGUUGGACCCGCCCCUCUCGGAGAUCCUGCGCGAGGCUGAAGCUGGGGAGGGCCUCAUGAUGAUCAGCUACGGCUACUCCGGCGCCGGCAAGACGACGACGCUUGGUGUGGGCAUGUCCGAGAGGGAAGAGGGACUGAACCUCGCGCUCAUGACUCGCUCUGGUCUGGUCCUCGGUGCCCUGGCCCUUGCCUUUGUGACCGUUGCCUUCGUGGCGCCGCCGCUGCGCGUGUCCACCCCUCGCAGCCUCCCUGACAAGGUGGUGCGCCCAGAGCCUCCAAGUGAUGUUGGCACCGUUGUGAUGGGAGUUCUGGCUGGACUGAUGGUGGGCCUCGCUGUGCCCGCAAGCAGCUGGGCCGUGAACGACCUGCCUGAGUUCUCGGUGGUCCGGCCCAGCUUCAUGCAGGGCAUCGAUGCCUCCUUGGCCGCCACAAAGCCCGGGGAGAUCGAUUUUGUCACGAGGAGCAGAAUUGAGGCGUCCUACUUUCCUCAAGUCAUUGAAGAGCUCAAGCAGGAGAGAGUCAAGCUCGAGGCAGCUCCGAGCAAACAGGAACGCCUUGAGAAGGCGACUCAGCAGAUGAGGGAGUACGCCAAGACGGCCCAGUUCCACAUGGCUGAGGAAGUGGAGCUUUGA